GAAUGAAUUAAGUCCACUUACGUGAAGAGAAACAGAGUUCAGACCAGCGAUACGCGCUUUCAAUUAGGAAUCGUAUAUAUUCUGGAUUCUUACGAUCAAGAGGUUUUCAAUGGCGAAUAUUAUGUUCUAUGUUCCGCUAUUCCUUCUUAGCAACACACAUCAUUUGUAAAAAAAAUACGACUUACAAGAAGUUAUGGUGCAAUGCCGAUCGAGACUCGAACUUUGACAGCUCUAAUCGAAUGAAGUUUAAGUCCCUUUUAAUAAAUUCCAGGCCUCUGGUUUCUUGCAGUUGCUUCAGCGGGCAAUUUCCUCCAGGACUUUGACAUCACUUGGGGCGGCCAACGAGCAAUGAUACUGAAUGGAGGCCGGCUCCUCAGGCUCUCUCUUGACAAGGUCUCUGGCUCUGGGUUCGUGUCCAAGAACGAGUUUUUGUUUGGGAGGAUUGACAUGCAGAUCAAGCUUGUUCGUGGAAAUUCUGCAGGCACCGUGACCGCAUUCUAUUUAUCUUCUCAGGGUCCGGCCCAUGAUGAGAUCGACUUUGAGUUCCUAGGGAACCUCUCGGGUAACCCAUAUACGCUCCAUACCAAUGUGUGCACCCAAGGGAAAGGGAAUAGGGAGCAACAGAUUCGUCUCUGGUUCGACCCUACCAUGGCAUUCCACACCUACUCCAUCGUCUGGAAUGCUCAGCGAAUCAUAUUCUUGGUGGAUAAUAUUCCCAUAAGAGUGUUCAACAACUUGGAAUCGAUCGGAGUCCCCUUCCCCAAGAACCAACCCAUGAGGAUAUACUCUAGCCUAUGGAAUGCUGAUGACUGGGCCACCAUGGGAGGCCUUGUGAAGACUGACUGGACAAAGGCUCCAUUCACGGCAGCCUUCAGGAACUUCAAAGCUAACGCCUGUGUGCUGGCUCCUGGCACGUCAGCCUGCAUCAGGACGGCCUCCACUCAGGACAGUGGCUGGCAGGACCAAGCCCUGGACGCCUCAGGGAGGAAAUGGAUCCAGUGGGUUCAAAAGAACCACAUGGUCUACAACUACUGCAAAGAUGUGAAACGGUUCCCCAAGGGCCUACUGCCCGAGUGCAAGCGCUCGAGGUUCCUUUAGAGAGCCAAUUGAUGCCCUCUUUCUCCAUGCCAUGGUCAAUCCUCCUGAGCUCCCUCUGCAAUCGAGUUGAUGAUGAUAUUGGUCAGUCUUUUUCGUAAUUGAAGCCAAUACACGAAGUUCAUUGUGUUCAGAAAUAAACGCACAAUUUCCCUUGCU